AUAACGAAUCACGAUAGAGCGCCGCAAACGCAGAAUGUUUAUUGUCGUCCCGAGUUUUUGUACUUCUCUGAUGAAGACGUCUUACUAUCAGCUGAUCAGAGCACAAGACCAGUGCUUUGUCCACGUGAUCCAUCGCAGAUGCCCAUUCAUGCUGGUUAUGCCGAAGUUAUUAAUGCAGGUAUUAUUAUUGAGAGGAAUGAGGAUCACGCUUGCGCGAAGAUUUUGACCAUUUUACAACGUGGAUAUGAGGCCGAGGAGGCCAAGGAAUUGGAUAAACCUCAGAAUAUGAUUAAUAACAACAAAAGAAGAUUCUUCACAAAGCAGCCAGCAGCAACACAACGCGCUUCAAGCGAAUGUCGACGUAACAAUACGACGUUGAAUAAAUUGUUGAUUCAGCGGCGAUAUUCCGAUGAGGAUUUACUGGCUUUGUCGGAUAGUGAUGAGAAGCGAAAAUCGAAAAGUGAGCGAAACGAGAGUAUUCCACAGUCAAAAGUGAUUUAUUUUUCAAUAUUUGACGGUCACGCCGGUUGUGAGGCAGCCAUUGUAACGUCGAAUACGUUGCAUGAACAUAUUCAAAGACGUUUAAGUGAAGUAAUCGAAACAGUGCUUCAUUUGGAUCAACAAGAGAAAUUAUUCAGUUCAACAAAUAAAUUGUUCGCAUCCUCUUCGAACAAUAAUUCGAGCAAAUAUAUAACGAGUGAUAGUCUUGUGGUGGGUGCUAUACAGGCGUCGUUUAUUGAUAUGGUGAGUAAUGAGUGCUUGUUUAAAGGGAAAACACUAGUGAUAAUACUGAUAAGAUUAGUGAUAAAAAUGAUAAGACUGGUGAUAAUACUGAUAAGAUUAGUGAUAAUAAAGGAUGAAGAACUGCUGAAAGAGAGCGUCAGUGGCGGGUGCGCGGUGUUGAGCGUAAUGCUGAUGAACAGCAAAAUGUACGUGGCGAAUGCGGGUGACUGUCGUGCUGCGUUGCUGUUGUUGUCGUCGUCGUCGGAUUGCGUGGACACCGAGCCGAAAUCGAGUGAUAAGGCCGCCACUGAUAAGUGCUUAUCACCAGCAAACUCUUAUCACAUCGAACAGAUCACCAAUGAUUUCACACCGGAUUAUGAACGAAAACGUAUUCAAUUUCUGGCGUAUAAAAAUCCGGAGUUGAUCGCCAACUGUUUUACACGUUAUGAAUAUAGUCGUUUAUUGAGUCGGUGUGAUUUGAAGAAGAGUGUUCUCUAUCGAGAUUGGUUUAUGGACGGUUGGGCUUCGAAAAUGGUUUGCGAUAGUGAUCUGAAGCCAACUUUGAUCAGUGAUCAUGGUAGAAAGGUCAAGCGCCGUCUACUAAAUACGAUUGGUGUUAGUCGUGGUUUCGGUGAUCAUCAUCUGUUAACUGCAGAUGAUAAAAUUCCAAUCAAACCAUUUUUAUCGCCUGUACCUGAGGUGCACGUAAUAGAUUUGAAUAAGUACGAGUCAUUAAAUGAAAACGACGUUCUGAUAAUGGCAUCGGAUGGGUUGUGGGAUGUUUUGAGUAACGAGGAUGUGGCGCGUAUUGUGAAUUCAGUGUUGAACAAUAAUGAGAAUGCGGGUUUGGUUAGAUACACAGUAGCAGCACAUGAGCUGGCAUUAUCAGCGAGGGGUAAUUACAACGACAAAGUGAACCGAUGGCAGUUGCCAAACGGCUGCAAUGCGUCAUCGGAUGACAUCACCAUCUUUAUAAUUCCGUUGAAAUACGCGAAAUAUAUCAAUAAUAAAUAUAAUAUUUAUUAUAGUAAUCAUUAUAGUAAUUCGAAUGUGUUUAAUAAUAAUAAUCAUCCUAAUAGUGAUAAUUACGAUGACGAUGAUGUGGAAUUAUUACAGUGA